AUGUCUUCGACGACACAGAGCGUGCAAUGCUUCGGCAAGAAGAAGACGGCUACCGCCGUCGCCCACUGCAAGGCUGGCCGUGGUCUCGUUAAGGUCAACGGCCGUCCUCUUCAGCUGGUUCAGCCCGAGAUCUUGCGCUUCAAGGUCUACGAGCCUCUCCUGGUUGUCGGCCUCGACAAGUUCGCCAACGUCGACAUCCGCGUCCGCGUUACCGGCGGUGGCCACACCUCGCAGAUCUACGCCAUCCGACAAGCCAUCGCCAAGUCCCUCAUCGCCUACUACCAGAAGUACGUCGAUGAGCACUCCAAGAACAUGCUCAAGCAGGCCCUUGUGCAGUUCGACCGCACGCUGCUUGUUGCCGACAACCGUCGCUGCGAGCCCAAGAAGUUCGGUGGUCCAGGUGCCAGAGCCCGCUUCCAGAAGUCUUACCGAUAA